AUGGGUUUACCUCGCAGUUCAUAACAGCUGUUUUUUUAUUGCCAGUAAUGUUUCUUCUCCUUUGUUUCAGAGUCCAACCUCUCCAACUAGAAACCUCUCAACAUCACACCUUCUCCUACCACUCCAGAGGCCCAUCCCAUCCCUUCUCCUACCACUCCAGAGGCCCAUCCCUUCUCCUACCACUCCAGAGGCCCAUCCCUUCUCCUACCACUCCAGAGGCCCAUCCCUUCUCCUACCACUCCAGAGGCCCAUCCCAUCCCUUCUCCUACCACUCCAGAGGCCCAUCCCAUCCCUUCUCCUACCACUCCAGAGGCCCAUCCCUUCUCCUACCACUCCAGAGGCCCAUCCCAUCCCUUCUCCUACCACUCCAGAGGCCCAUCCCAUUCCUUCUCCUACCACUCCAGAGGCCCAUCCCAUUCCUUCUCCUACCACUCCAGAGGCCCAUCCCAUUCCUUCUCCUACCACUCCAAAGGCCCAUCCCAUCCCUUCUCCUACCACUCCAGAGGCCCAUCCCAUCCCUUCUCCUACCACUCCAGAGGCCCAUCCCAUCCCUUCUCCUACCACUCCAGAGGCCCAUCCCAUUCCUUCUCCUACCACUCCAGAGGCCCAUCCCAUUUCAUCCACAGUCCAGACUUCCACCAUCUAGUCGGGUUACCAGGUGCACGACCAGACUUUAAUCUCUAGAAUGAAAGUGGAAUUUUGCCAGACUUCCACCUGCCCAGGGUGACCUGUCCAUGACCUGUCCAGCUCUACCUGCACCGACAGACAGUACCCACUCCACCUGAGGCUCUGUUCCUCAUCCCCAACCCACCCCCCAAACCCCCCAGUCCCCGGUUCCUCAGCCCCAGCUCGAAGCAGGGGAGGAUGGGUGAUGGACCUGUGAGUCUCCCUGGUCUCUCUCCUUCCUUCUCUCCCAUCCUCUCAUGGAGCCUCCUGCUGACAACUCCACCUCCCCCUGGAACUCUUCCCAGUCCUCCCUCUCCGGACUUCCAGGUCGGUACCAACUAAGGUUGCAAAAUUCUGGUAACUUUCCCUAUUUAGAAGAUUCCCGGAAUUAUGAAGGAAUAAGCAGGAAAUCUGGAAUCCUCCAACCAGGAUUUCUGGAAAACCUGGGAAUUUUGGGACAGUUAUCCUCAUUUUUCUGCCUGAGUACUGACUUUAUCUUAACUUAACUUGGUUAAAGACAGUUCUCUGGACUUUAAUGUGUUCUUGAUCUUUGAUAAUUUCUUUAUGUAUUUAUAGGCUACUCUAUAUGUAUUUAAAAUCUGUGUAAUACAAUGCAUUAAUUUUUUCAUUCAGGUCCCUGGCUCCCCGCCUCGCUGCACCCCAAUGCCUCUAACGUGAGCCUUCCUGUGGGCACCGGCACCAGCGGAGCCCCCCUGUCCCUGACCCAGUCCCUGGCCCUGUGUGCCAUGCUUCUCAUGGACCUCUUAGCAGUUGUAGGCAACCUAGCAGUCAUGGCCGUCAUCACCAAGACGCCGCAGCUGAGGAAGUUCGCCUUCGUGUUCCACCUGUGUCUGGUUGACCUGCUGGCGGCUCUGAUUCUGAUGCCUCUGGGCAUGCUGUCGGACCGGGUCUUGGCGCACGAUGAGGCACUGUGCCGGAGCUACCUCUGUCUUAGCGUGGGGCUGAUCAGUGCCGCCAUCUUGUCUAUCUCUGCCAUCAACGUGGAGAGGUACUAUUAUAUAGUCCACCCCAUGCGCCAUGAGGUCAAGAUGACCGUGGGGGUGGUUGUGACGGUGCUGGUCGGGAUCUGGGUCAAAGCUAUUGUCAUGUCGGCUCUGCCGCUCCUGGGCUGGGUGCUCCAGGGGAGCCAGGGGGUAGGGGUCGGACUCGGAGGGGGACUAGGGGGUCCCAUGUUCCCGGGUCCUCCAAGCCAGAGACGUUGCUCCCUACACUGGACCGGAGGAGGAGGGACCACAUGGUUAAUCUUCAUGGUUUUCUUCACCUUUGUCUACUUCCUGUGUCCAGUACUGAUCAUCCUGGUUGUGUACUGUAACAUGUUUAAAGUAGCCAGGGUGGCAGCCAUGCAGCAUGGCCCCUUACCUACCUGGAUGGACACACCUGGGCCCCGCCCUCACCGCUCUGACUCCCUCAGCAGCCACUCCACCAUGGCUGCCAGCCUGGGAGGCCCCGGAGGUGGCCCUGGGGGUCCUCAACCCCGCACCCCCAGUCAGAGGACCUUCAACGGGGGUAAAGCCGCGGCAGUCCUGGUGGCAGUUGGAGGCCAGUUCCUAUGCUGCUGGCUACCUUACUUCUCCUUCCACCUGUACUCCGCCCUGGUCUCCACCUCCCCGGCCUCCCUGGCUUCGGCCCAGCUGGAGGAAGUCGUGACCUGGAUCGGUUACUUCUGCUUCACUUCCAACCCCUUCUUCUACGGCUGUCUGAACCGGCAGAUCCGCACGGAGCUGGGCCGAAGCCUGGCCUGUCUCUUUAAGUGGGCGGGGCCGGGCGACGGGGAUCAGCUGGCCAGCCGAGAGGCCUCCAUCGAGGAGAACUUCCUCCAGUUCCUCCAGGGGACAGGGUGCAAUCUGGAGCCCAGCGGAUCCCAGGCACACAGCAGGGCCAGCAGGCCAGAGGAGAAGGAGGAGGCGGGGGAGAGGGACCCUCUUCAAGAUGGACCUUGUCAGAAGAACACGCUGGUCCAGGAACACACGCCUGUUGACUUCCACAUCCCUGGACAGAUUAUCGAGGAGACCUCUGAGUUCUUGGAGCAGCAGCAUCUGACUCUGAACAAUGACAUCAACCUAGCGGACCACUGCUUCAGGGUAAACAGGACUGAGCUGUAG